CGUGACGUCACCGGGGGGGUGAUGUAAUGCACUCUAAAUAGAAUGUAUUGUAAUCUUUGCUCAGUCCAACGUGGUCCCUUCACCCAGGCUCCGCUCUUGCCUUCUCCACACUUGUUUGAUUUAUGAGGAAUCCAAGAUGAAUUUGGAGCAGGAGAGGCCUUUCGUCUGCAGUGCCCCCGGAUGCUCCCAGCGCUUCCCAACCGAGGAUCAUCUGAUGAUUCACAGGCACAAGCAUGAAAUGACCUUGAAGUUUCCCUCCAUAAAAACAGAUAAUAUGUUAUCAGAUCAGACCCCGACCCCCACGAGGUUCCUGAAGAACUGUGAGGAGGUGGGCCUCUUCAGCGAGCUGGACUGCUCCUUCGAGCAUGACUUCAGGAAGGUUCAGGAAGAGGAGAACAGCAAGCGGAAUAUCUCAAUGCAUAAUACAGUCAGCGGGGCCAUAACAGGGCCCGGAGCUCACCAGCUUGGCAGCACUCGGAUGCCCAACCACGACACCAGCGUUGUGAUUCAGCAAGCCAUGCCUUCGCCCCAGUCCAGCUCUGUCAUCACACAGGCACCAUCUACCAACCGCCAGAUUGGGCCUGUCCCAGGCUCUCUCUCUUCUCUGCUACAUCUCCACAACAGACAGAGACAGCCCAUGCCAGCCUCCAUGCCCGGAACCCUGCCCAACCCAACCAUGCCUGGAUCUUCUGCUGUCUUGAUGCCGAUGGAGAGACAAAUGUCAGUGAACUCCAGCAUCAUGGGGAUGCAAGGUCCAAAUCUCAGUAACCCCUGCGCUUCUCCUCAAGUCCAGCCAAUGCAUUCAGAAGCCAAAAUGAGGCUGAAAGCCGCGUUGACUCAUCAUCCUGCUGCCAUGUCCAAUGGGAACAUGAACACCAUGGGACACAUGAUGGAAAUGAUGGGCUCCCGGCAGGACCAGACGCCGCACCAUCACAUGCACUCACACCCACAUCAGCACCAGACGCUGCCGCCCCACCACCCCUACCCGCACCAGCACCAGCACCCAGCACACCACCCUCACCCUCAGCCCCAUCACCAGCAGAGCCACCCACAUCAUCACUCUCAUUCCCACCUCCACGCACACCCGGCACAUCACCAGACCUCGCCACACCCGCCCCUGCACACCGGCAGCCAAGCACAGGUUUCACCAGCCACACAACAGAUGCAGCCAACCCAGACAAUACAGCCGCCCCAGCCCACAGGGGGGCGCCGGCGGAGGGUGGUGGAUGAGGAUCCCGACGAGAGGCGCCGGAAAUUUCUGGAACGGAACCGGGCAGCUGCCACCCGCUGCAGACAGAAGAGGAAGGUCUGGGUGAUGUCACUGGAAAAGAAAGCAGAAGAACUCACCCAGACAAACAUGCAGCUUCAGAAUGAAGUUUCUAUGUUGAAAAAUGAAGUGGCCCAACUGAAGCAGUUGUUAUUAACACAUAAAGACUGUCCAAUAACAGCCAUGCAGAAAGAAUCACAAGGAUAUUUAAGUCCAGAGAGUAGCCCUCCUGCAAGUCCUGUCCCAGCUUGCUCGCAGCAGCAAGUCAUCCAGCAUAACACCAUCACUACUUCCUCAGCGGUCAGCGAGGUCGUAGGAAGCUCCACCCUCAGCCAGCUCACUACCCACAGAACAGACCUGAAUCCGAUUCUUUAAAGUGCACGGGUCAAACCUUGCCUCCAAGAAGAGUUGUAGCAUAUCAUGCAACCUUUCUCUUAAGGGCAUUUUUAAAAUUCACUCAGACCUGGAAGACUCCUCAGCCCUUCAAAGACUGGCUUUCAUUUUUAUAGUUACUAUGGAAAAUGUUGUCUUUUAUACUUAGUUAUAUAAGAAAAAAGGGAGUUAUGCAAUUAAUAUCUAUCAGCUUGGGAAAUGCUUUGGUGCUUUCCUCCAAUUUUCUGGUACCAAUUACUUGUUUAUAAACAGAACUUUUUCUGUAUAUAGCCAUGGUUUCAUUCUUAUCAGUCCAACCCUUUGCCUGAAAUAAUGAAUCUUGUUAAACCACAGCUUUUAGCCAAAAUGAGGCAUACCUAGAUGUCAAGUGAGCCGGAUCCAAGAUAACUGGGUAGGAAAUCUGAUGACCUCAAAACUCAUGUUGAGUUUGUGCUGUGCGGUCACCAGAAUCCCAAAUACACAGCCUUUCCUAUGACUUUUUUCUCUAAAAUUAUAAGAUCCAUCAGUGUCCUAAUAAAAACACCAAGCACCUCACCACUCUCCUCCUCUUUGUGCACUUGUUCAAAUGUCCAGUUUCCCUCUCCAUGUCCAUUUUGUAUCUUGGGCUCCCUGUUUACUCUUCAUUUGAACUAUCUUCUGCUCCACCUCCUUUAGCACUGCAUGUGAAGAAGAAAAUAAUGUUAAAAGAAAAAGAAAAACAAACCUCAAAAAAUGCAGAUCUAGCCAUCGCUUCACUUGCCUGUAACCCACAGCUGGAGUUCAUUCAAUUCUUGCUUUUCGCAAAAUAGUAACCAGGAGAUGUUUGGUGUGCCUGAUUUAAUGUUUUUAAUAAUCAGAGCAAAUAAAAAGGUGGUUUAGCUAUAGGUGAAGCACUGUUGAGUGCCAGCUGUGGAGACACCAGGGAAGGGAGCUUUGUAAGUACGCCCCAAUUGUGAAAGUCCAAAUUAUGAUGCGGGGCUAUAACAUCACACCCUUGAGUUACAACUGGUUUUAUAUAACCUAUCUAUAAUGUUGAAAAUCUAUGUACUAUAUAAUAAUUCAGAAGGGCUCUAUUCACUACACAGAUUACUUUGUUCAGUCAUCAGCUGCUAAUAGCCUAAGAUUUUUUUUUUUUUUCUUAAGCCUAUGGAACCAGCUAUGCUGUUCUGGUGGGUGAAAGCAGACCGACUCUUAGAGAAACAAAGAGAAAAAGCAAGCCCAGUGUUCCUGUAGGGCACUCUCAGCCCCCAGAACAGUGCAGCGCUCUUUGGCUGCUGGCGGAAUCCCAUGGAUGUGGCCCAGACUACUCCACUCUUCUGAAUAAUUUUGAUUUAUAUUUUCAGCAAGUUAACGUGGGUUUGCCUAUUAUAAAAAGCAGAUAGGACCCAAACCACAGUCGUGCCUCCUUGAAACAAGCCAUCCUACUGUGCUAAGGUUUUAAUAUCGUUUUUCACAAAUAAUAGGGGCUAAUGUUUCUCUCUAGCGGUCCAGGCAGGUGCCGGUUUCAUCUCCAUUUGAAUGCUUGACCUUCUAACAUGUGUGCCUGCGUGUGUGUGCGGGUAUGUAAGUGUUUAUGGGUUUUCAAAGAACAGUAUUCUACAAAAUGGGUUGCUUUUAUAAGAGUUCAGAAAAGGGAAGGAUGUGUGGGGUUUUUUUUUCCUCUCACUAUAGUAUAAGAAUCUAUUUUGGAGGGGAAAAAAAAGAAAAUAUGAGGGCUGUGAAGCGUGAUUUUAUAACUAGUUUCAGUUUUAUCUAAUAACUUACUUUCAAAUCAGUAUUAGCAACAAUCUUACUACGUAUGCAGUGCUUUCAAAAGAUGAUUUUUGAGUGUUCAGUAAAAUUUAGGACAUGAGUAUAUAGUCUAAGGAUCAAAACAAAUGUAAAAAUGGAGGGAAAAAAGAAAAAUCAAAAAGAUUUUCUAUUAUAUUAAGACAAACAUCAUUUAAAGUAUUUUAAAUAUUGAGUUCAUAGGGUUUUGGGGGCAGUUUUUUGUUUUGUUUUGUUUUGUUUUGUUUUGUUUUUUUCCAAUUCUGGCAGUGACAGAAUGGUUUAACCUAACUGGCUUCCUAAGAAAUGUUUAAAACUUCACUUUGGAAAGAAAUUAAUAUUUGUAUCUGUUUUAAAAUAAUAAAUAAGGAUUUCAGAAUUUCUUCCUAGGACCAUUUGUGUGUCCCCUAAAACCCCCAAAAUGGAAAAAAAAUUAAUUGAAGAGAUUGCUUGAGUUUUUCAUUUUGUUUUUAUUUUAUGUUUUGCUUUAAGUAAACAAAAACUUUACUGCAUGCAUAGCACUUAAUGUUAGAGAUUUUUUAAAAAAUCUACUAGUACUAUCAGAAUGUACAGGGAGUGAACUGUCACUAAAAUUCACGGAAAUUAUGAUUUAGUUUACUACUCUUUCACGUCUUGAUUGAAAUAUUUAGUUGUUAACCUGAAAGCCUUUGCAAUUAAGAACUUGCCCGAGUUUUCUUAAUUCAGCAACUCGACAGUUUGACGGAUGUGCAUUAUUUAUAGCUCAGUUAUGUCUGUUUUUUAUGCUAAGUAGGCAAACCAACCACACACACUAACAAACCUCCCUCAAUAUAUAUAAUUAGAAUAAACUGCCUUUUUGUUAUACUCAGGGCCUUUAGGUGUGUUCAUUCAUAAUAUGGAAAUACGGUAAAUGAAAGAUGCCAGCUGAUUCUCUUGAAAAUACCAAACAGGAAGAGUCUAUAGUCUAGUCCAACAAUUGACCUAUCAAUAUUGAGGGUUUCACCUAAGGGUCUAGGUCACAAGAUCUGCUCAAAAUUACCUCCUCUACUUCUUGACCUGUACUUUUGAUCGGUCUCGGAGAACAUCUUUAAACCCCUUCUCCUCUCCCAGUCAGUGCAUACUUUCGCAAACCAGUGGUUAUGACCUGGGAGCCCUAGUGCUUAGGAGAGAAGGUCCCGCAGGCACUUCCUAUCCCUGUGUGUGGCUUUCUUUAUCUGUGUGGCUUUCUUUAUUGGCAGGAUCUGCCUCUGAAGUCACUGCCAGCCUGCUGGGAACUGAAACAGUACUUCCCCUGCCUAACGUGCUGUGAGCCAACAACAUAGGUAGUAUACCUGAGAGCAUUUCAGCCAGGUGAAGCCUCGCCUGCAUGGAGGCGUCUGCAUCUUAAUUAUUUCUCUUUGACACAUUUCCCAAUCCAUGAUGCCACCGGUAUAAUGAAAAAUCCCAGUCAUGGAGGAAUGUACUAAUUUCAAAACUAGGUGUUAAGUCAGAUGUUUUCCCUUUGCACUCCUACCCACACUGCUCCUACCCGUACAUCAAUGUAUGCGAGUCAUCUUAAUACAACUCGUGGUAGAUGAGCAGCGUGUGUGCUAUUAAGGAAAUGCCAUACUAACAAGGGUGACUUAUUGGAGCACAUGCUCUUCAGAGCCUAUCUGGUCAGUGAAAUUAAACACAGCGCGUAUUCUGAGAGCAAGGUGUCAGUGGUGAAUUUUCAGGUGGUUGUUGCCUGUCAUUUAAGUAAAUCUUAGUGAGUUAGAUGAGUUUGCCAUUAAAAUCUUAAACCAGCUACAGUAAAAGACCAGCUUUUGGCUGGGGGGUUUUAAGCAUUGAUAAUUGCUCUAAAACUAGUCACCCAGUUAGGAUAGAAUGUGUUUCUUUCUGGUUAAUAAAACCAUCGAAGAAAAUAUAUAUGUAUGUAUGUAUGUAUACAGUGGAAUUCAAGGACCAAAGCAAAAUUUGAACAGGAAUCUAUUAAUUUAGAAUUUUAUAAGAUAUUUAUUAAUAAAUGUUAUUUUUAAACAUUCCAUUUGAACAGUAUUCUUCUGUAGGUUCUACUUGUUUUUUUUUUUUAAAAUAUUAGUCCAUAAUAAACUACUCUAGUAGUGUGUAUUUUCAUUUUUCAGGGUUUCGGAUGGCUAUUGUCCAUCAUUUGGUGGAAAUGGUUGCUUAGAUCUCUGUGCAUAGACAUUUCAAGGAUUUUUAUUGCUCUGUGAGUUAUUUUUAAUCUGCAUUCUAAACAGUUUUUUUUAACAUGGAUUUCUUCUUUUCAUUUUUAAAGUAAGCUCUUUAUUAAGGAAGCAGAGUUCAGCUAAAGGGAAUCAGUAGUUAUAACUGGAACAGCUUUUUUAUAAAAGUUUAAAAGCAACUUCAUCUCUGCUUCAGUCUACCCACCUCAUUCCCUGGAAGGCCUUGCACUACCAGCUUCCGCAGAGCUUCUAAUUCCUUCCCAAACAUACGCAGUAGGUUUAAGCCAUUCAAGCUCCAUUAUGCAGUAUACUGGAGAAGGGAAAGGAAAUCACCCAUUUAAAUUUGAAUAAAACUGUGCCUAUGUGAACCGUAGCAAUCUAGGAUCUCUUUUCUGCUUUGAAAAUAAUUUAUAUUUUAAAAUUGCACUUUAGCUUUUUUGAUCCCUAUUUGCCUUGUGCUCUUUCUAAUCUAUUUCCUGUCCUAAAACUUGCCUUUGUCCCCCUCUUGUUCCUCCACCCUUCCUGUAAGGCUUUGAGCUGAGUCAUUUAAAAUACUUUACAGAAUAUUUGCACCAGGUACAUUUGUGUGCAUUCGUGAGUAGCAUAGCUAAGACGUGUUUCUCAUAUCAGCCUAGGAGAAGCUUGCUACAAGAAUGCCAAAAAGAGCCAGUAUACUAUAUGGUUUAUACUCUUUAUCCCCUUGUUCAUAGCAUGUUUGUUAAAAAUGUAAUAUUAUGCAACAGAUGUGAGGCAGCAGCUAAGCUACGUUUAAGAAUUUUGUAUCUCAUCCUCCAAACCAAAGUGUCCUGAAUAAGCCAGGAGACUUACUCUUUUGUGCAUCACGGUGCAUAUUUGACAGUUGUCCUAAUCGUAGCCUCUCUGAAGCUGCUGACAUACCAGCGGCCCUAUUAAUUUCAUUUCUAGGUCUCAAAACUACGAUGUGGCCUUGUAACAUGAUUAGGGACAGCACCUCUAUUUUACAUUUGUAGACUAAGGAAGGAUAAGAAGACACAGGAGCAAUAAACUUAGAAAUAAAACCCAGCACCAAAACAAACACACGAAGCCACUUAAAGUAAAAAAACCCUAGCUUAUCAUGUUGUGAAAAUGAAAAAUUAUAUGUCCAUUCAAAAUAUUUUACUAUCUCUUGUGGAGUUUUUCAGUGAUGUAAUGCUUGUAGCCAAAUUGUUUAAAGAGUGUUUAUAUUUUUUUCCUUAUAAAUAGUCUAUUUUUUGAAAAAAAAAAAAAAGAAUAUUUAAGCAAAGCUAAAGAAGGGGGUAAAGCCAAAUUGCCAGCAGUUGUUAAUAGACGAAUACUCUUAAGGACGCUCUGAUACCUUUCCAAGCUUAUCAUCAGAAAGAAAUCAAUAAUUAUCAACUACUAAAUUCAGAUCAACUUAAAAACAUCUAGCUCAUUAGAAGUCAAGAUCUAGAAAGUUCUUCCCAAGCCAUUUAAUGCUUUCUUACAUCAAGCUUUAUAUUAUAGAACUCUAUAGGAUUUUUUGAAGAUAAAAUCACUUAGCCUCAGGACUGAGAAUGUGGGAUCUGAAUAAAUUAGCUUUAAACACAUCAUUAAAAUCUUCUGCACAAUAAGCUCAUUAGAUCUAGUUUCCUUCUUUGGAACUGCUGAUGCUACCAAGGGACAAGGAAAGGUAUCAGGGUGCCCAAAGAUGGGGUUUAAGAGAAAGAACUCUUCUCAGCCAACCAGCCAGUGACAAGACCUGCUCAGCGCUUUACUUCUAAACUCCACUAAGCCCCACCUGCCUCCCAGAGAGAGGAGGGCUGCCUUGGAAGAUUGUCUGGGACCAAAGUUGGAAGUAUCCUCCCUGGAGAGAACAGAGAGUUGGGGAAUCUUCUGGAAAGGCCCAGAAAAAAAAUGGCUUUGUUCAGAUGCAAUGUUCUAGGACAAUUGUAAUAUAAAUAUUGUCCAAAAAUAUAAUUGAGAAAAAAGUUUAGCACUGUGUAAAGUAAGGGUUGACUAAGGAAGUCCCAAAAAAGAAAAAAAGGUGCUGUCACUUUAAGUUCUGGACUUGGGGUUGUUUGUCAUUGUAUAAACAGCGAAGCAUCUGUGUUUGUUUGUCUAUUUGUAAAGCAACCACCUUCCUAUUGGAAGGAGAAAAAUUGGGGGUACAUACAUGUAAAUAUUUGCUGCAGCAUUUAAUAUGUUUAAUUUUAUGUUAAGCUUUUUGUUGCAUUGUGAACACAUUUACUGUUACCAAUGGACAGUGAGUUCAUUAAGACUGUUCGACUGGGUCAGAUUUUUACAUCUCUUUCUAGCAAGAAGAGACAAGAUUUUGUGCAUUUGUACAAAUGUUAAUAUCACUGCAAUUCCAAUAUAAUAAAGCACUCAAAUGCAAAUAAUAUAA